UGUUUGAAUUCUCCUUGCAGGGGACCGCUCCGGGGCCAGUCAGUAACAAGAGGAUGGUUCACUUCUCCCCGGAUUCUCACCACCACGACCACUGGUUCAGCCCCGGGGCCAGGACCGAGCACGGCCAGCAUCAGCUUCUGAGAGACAGCCGAGCCGAGAGAGGACACAAGAAAAACUGCUCUGUGAAGACGGCCAGCAGGCAAACCAGCAUGCAUUUAGGAUCCUUGUGCAUGGGAGAUGUCAAACGGAGAAGGAAGGCAGCACCCUUGCCUGGACCUCCUACAACAGGAUUCGUUGGAGAAAACGCCCAGCCCAUCUCAGAAAACAACAUAGGGAACCGCAUGCUCCAGAACAUGGGCUGGACACCUGGCUCGGGCCUCGGACGCGAUGGCAAGGGGCUGGCCGAGCCCAUUCAAGCCAUGCAGAGGCCAAAGGGCUUGGGACUUGGAUUUCCGCUACCAAAAAGCACUCCCGCAGCCCCCAGCGCCCCCAUCCCCGCCUCGGGGACAUCCGCCUAAGAAGAAACACUUCACAGUUUUGCUUCGCUUGCUCUGUGUCCCGUUGUUCUGAAAUUACAGCACAGCUUCUGUUCGUGGAGCAGAAAUCGACAAGGCCUCGGACUUGUCACGCCAGCUUCCUAACCGCGUCCAGUCCUACCACGGCGACAGAGAUGCGCCUUCAUCCCAGCUCAUGGUGCUCAAGUUCAAACCGUUCCCUUUAAAUGUUGUCAGCAACUUUCGGCUGUUUUUAGAUGGAAAGAACAGCUCAUUUCUCUUAUUUAUUUUGAUGGCAAAUGCCAGUAAUGUCUAAUGCUUUUAAGCUUGAUUCAUUCACGUGUGGGUGUGAGGCCCGGGCAAAUGUGAGUGCACCCUAGGGUUUCUAAAAUGAGACAGGCCGGGGAGGUUGUGUCUCGUGCCACCCCGAUCGAGGGUGGCUCAAAAGACCAUCAGUGAGGACCUAAGCGAAUCUCUGAUUGAAAGACGUGUCAGUUCCAUAUUUGUUGAGUUUGGCGUUUGUGAGUAAGUGAGUGUGUGUGUGUGUGUGUGUGUGUGUGUGUGAGUGAGGAUUCUCUAAUGGGGAGAGGUACCCAUUAAUCUUCUAACCUUGGACAGUGUAGUGUGAAGUUCACAGUUGACCAACCGCAAUUAACGUAUCCCUCUGACGUUUUGACAAAAAUAAACCUCAUCCCUAUUAUCA